CUAGUACAGAAUUGUGACAAUAAUUGAAACGAUUUUCCAUUUAAGCUUAGAAAAAAAAACAGAAUAAACAACAAACAAUGUUCCAAAUCGCAUGUUGCUCUGCGUGGCUGCUGUUGCUGUUGUUGCUUGCGUUGCCACCUGGUCGCAAGGCGGAAGUAUUUCGUCAUCGCUUGACCAUCUUUGCGGAGGCGGGUCGCAUGGAAUGCUAUCAUCAGGCUGUGGCUGCCACAGAGAUCAUUAUACUGGAGUAUCAGGUGAUACACGGCGGCCAGGGUGAGGCGCACAUAAAUUUCAAUCUGAUGGAUCCGCAUCGCAAGCUGCUCGCCGCGGAUCACAAGCAGCAAAACAAGAAGCACCGCAUGGAGGCGAAUGAGACGGGCAUCUAUAAGUUUUGCUUUGAUAAUACGAUAAGCUCGUUCAAUCAGAAAAUUGUUGCCUUUCAUCUGGAGAUUGCGGCGGGCAAUCAUGAGGAGCUGGAGCGCCAGCAGCUGAUCAAGGAGAUGACCACGGACUAUCAAUUCGAUCGCACCUACACGCACAUGCACGACUAUGUGACCAAGAUCGGCCUGAAUAUGAUGCGUUCGCGCCAGACACAGGACUAUAUACGCACCCUCGAGGCCAGGGAUCGCAAGCUGGCCGAGUCCAGCUUUACCAUGGUCAACAAUUGGUCAUGUGCCCAGUUUAUUGCCAUGAUUAUUGUCGGCAUGCUGCAGGUCUUUAUGCUGCGCAGCAUUUUCAACACCGAUGGACGUUUCUACAAGUUGUGGAGGAAAAUUUGAUACCGAGUCACAGUUUACUUGAAUAUAUGAUUGUGCUCAUAAGUGGAAGCUAGUUGAAUAAAUCAAAGGAGUCUCGAAAAUACAGUUGAGAUCUAAGCCCGCAUUCGUUAAAAGUUCUGUGCAGACAAGCCAGUGUUGGUAAGGUAUUUAAAUGCAUAAAGUUAUAUGCGUUAUACGCAUACACCUUUCCAGCACUGGCUUUUAAUUGAAUAAUUUUAGAGUUUUUUAUUCACAAAUAUCACGAGCUUUCAGUCCAUUUCAAAUCAGAAGCAAAAAUAAACGCAGCAUCAAUUUUA